UUAUUAAUUAAUUCGUCAGUCAUGGAGAAGAUAAUAUAUUUAAUGGGAGUAUUAGCGUUAUGUGUGGCACGUCCGGAGCCACCGGUAAAUUCUUACCUCCCGCCAGGACAUGGUGGUGGCUUCGGCGGUAGCCAUCCGAACGGCGGAAGUCCUUCUAAUCAAUACGGACCUCCAGAUUUCCAAAGCGGUAGCGGUCAAGCUCCUGGUGGCAAUUUCAACGCCGGCAGUAAUGGUCGGGGAGCGCCAUCGAGUAGUUAUGGCCCACCGGGUUUUGGUAAUAACGAAGCCAAUAAAUUUAACGGAGGCAGUAGUGUGAAUGGUGGCGCUGAAAGGCCGCAGGACUCUUAUGGUCCACCGGUAAGCGGUAGUGAUUUCGGAGGAAACAGAGGUAGUGCUAGUGGAGGUAGAAUCAACGAGCAACCUCCCGGUGGUAGGCCUUCUGAUUCUUACGGGCCACCAUCAGGUAAUACUGGACUUGGAGGAAGAAAUACCGGCAAACCGUCAAAUUCUUAUGGGCCACCCGAGGCUGGAAGUGGAUUCAGAGGUGGAAAUUCGGGAAGUCGUGCGUCUUCGGCUGGUAAUGGCUAUCCGAGUGGAAAUGACGGACAAACGAGACCGUCGGAUUCUUAUGGGCCUCCUCAAGGUAGCAAUGGAUACAGCAAUGGAAAUCCCGAGAGAUCGUCCGCUGGAAAUGGUUUUGGCGGAGGAAAUGCCAAUAGGCCCUCCAACUCAUAUGGACCACCGACAACUGGCCCACGCAAUUUUGGUGGUGAAAGAGCCUCUGGCAAUUUCGGAAGCCAAAGUGGUUCUAAGCCAUCGAACUCGUAUGGAUCGCCUUCGGGAGGAAAUGGAUUUGAAGAAAGGAAUGCUCAACCAUCGAACGGUUAUGGUUCACCAUCGGAAGGAAAUAGUCGGCCAUCGAACAGUUAUGGUCCACCGUCGGGUAGAAACAGUCAACCAUCGAGCAGUUACGGUCCACCAUCAGGAGGGAAUGGAUUUGGGAGGGGAGAUCAAGCUCAACCCAUAAAUAAUUAUGGCCCACCGUCAGGUGGAAGGGGAUUUGAUGGAGGUAACGCUCAACCUUCGAAUGGCUAUGGCCCACCGUCAGCUGGAAAUACACAGCCAUCGAACAGUUAUGGUUCACCAUCAGGAGGAAAUAGUCAACCAUCGAAUAGCUAUGAUCCACCAUCGGGAGGAAAUGGAUUUGCAGGAAGGAACGCUCAGUCAUCCAAUACUUAUAUUCCGCCAUCUGGAGGAAGUGAAUUUGGAAGAGGUAAUUCUCAACCAUCGAAUAGCUAUGGUUCGCCGACGACUAAUAAUGGUAGAGGAUCACAAAAUGGUAAUGGAUUUGGAAGCUCUAACGGAAGACCAUCGAAUAGUUAUGGUCCACCUUCCGGUGAUAAUGGUGGCGGUUUUGGUAGCACAAGUGCAAAUGGAAGACCAAGCAGUAGUGGCAGUUUUGGUGGUAAUGGUGGAUCAAACGCAAAACCAUCCAACAGUUAUGGUCCACCUUCAAAUGGAUUUAAUAGUGGGGCCAAUACUGCCCAAAGUACUAACGCCGGUAAACCGUCAGGUUUGUACGGACAGCCGUCAAAUGACAAUGGAUUUAGUGGUGCAGGAAGAUCUUCAUCUGAUGGAUAUUCUCAAGGUCAACAAACUAAGACUGGAAAUGGAUUUGGACAAAACAGCAAUGGUGGCCAGUCAGCAAAUAAUUACAGUCCUUCGGGUGGUAAUGGAUACAGUACUGGAGGACCAACAAGCAAUGGUGGUGCUUCUAAUACCGGAAGUGGUAAUAAUGGAUUUGGUGGACAAGUACAAGACAGUUACGGGCCACCACCAUCGGGAGCCGUAAAUGGCAAUGAAAAUGGUUACUCGUCUGGUGGUCCUGGAGGAAAUGGACUCGAUGAGGGAAAUGACGAGCCGGCGAAGUACGAAUUUUCUUACGAAGUAAAAGACGACGAAUCAGGUAGUAAUUUCGGACAUACAGAAAUGCGUGAUGGCCAUCGUGCACAAGGCGAAUUUAAUGUUCUUUUGCCAGAUGGCAGAAAACAAAUUGUAGAGUAUGAGGCAGAUCAAGAUGGUUUUAAGCCCCAAAUUCGAUACGAAGGCGAAGCUAAUGCCGAUGCCGGCGGUGCAGAUGGUUAUCCCUCCAGCAAUGGCUCGGGCAACAGUGGAAGUGGAGGAUAUCCAUCUGGUGGACCAUCCGGAGGACAAACUGGUGGACAAGUUGGAAAUGGUAACAAUGGCUAUUCUACGGGUCCACGCCCCAAUUCCGGUUUCAAUAAUGGUAAUUCUGGCUAUACAUCCGGUGGUCCCGGGAAUGGAAAAAAUGGCCCGAACGAUAGAGGAUUAAAUAACAAUAAUUUUGGCAAUAAUAAUAAUGGUAAAAUAUUUAUUGAAAAGCGAUGA